CAUCGCGCUCUCGGCUCUCGGCUGCUCCGGCCGCGGCCCCGGCACCGCCCAGUGCGGCGCGGCCCCGGCGCGACCCGAGAGCCGCCGGCAGCGUGGGGCCGUGAGGAGCCGCCUGACCCCGCCGCUCCCGUGCGGGCCAUGGCGAAGGGGCUGUGCCUGAACGGGCGCAAGCGGCCCUGCGAAGGCGCGGAGGGGCCGCGGGCGGCGCGGAGGAGGCGGAAGGCCGAUGGCGGCGGCUCGGGCCUGGGCCCCGAGGAAAAGUGGUGUCAUUUGUCAGCAGCUCUGCUUGGUGAGGACUCUGAAAUCAGCCAGGACCAGCUGUAUGAGCUGCUGAAAUACGCAGCUCUGGGGAAAUGCCACAGCGCAGCACAGCCCAGCUGGUGCCGUAUUUAUCACCAAAGCCACCUGGCUGGGGUUGUGGUUGUUGUUCUACACGAAAUGAGCCAGCUCCAUUUCUACAGAUUCUAUUUACAGUUCAAACACCUCAGGAAAGCGUUCCAGCAUAGAUUCACAUUAGCACCUUCCGCUGACUUCCCAGUCAGCCUGUAUGGAGAAGGAGAAAGCCUGAAACCUCAAAACACUCCACAAGGUUUGACUUCCAGCAGCAGUGAAUGCAUGACUAAAAGCUCACACUUGCAGUGUGAUCCCAUCAUUCGGAGAUACGGAGAAAAAAAACAAGGCCUUACAAGCUAUACUCUAACUUUAGAAGAGCAGAAACAAAAUGACUAUCCCAUAGAAGGUUCCCCUGGAUGCAAGGGCUACAUCUCCACAGAGUGUGAUCAGCAGAGGACAGACAGCAGCCCCCUCUUUGGUCUGGAUUGUGAAAUGUGCCUGACUGCAAAGGGGAACGAAGUCACCCGUGUGUCUUUGGUGGAUGCACAGGGUCAGUGCCUGCUGAAUGAACUGGUCAAGCCUGAGAGCACCGUGGUGAACUACCGCACCAGAUUCUCAGGAAUCACAAAGAAAAUGCUUCUUCCAGUGAAGACAAGACUGUCAGACAUCCAAACCAGGCUAAAAAAAAUGCUUCCCCAUGAUGCAGUAUUGGUGGGUCAUUCCUUAAAUUCUGAUCUUCAGGCUUUGGAAAUGAUCCACCCCAGUGUUAUUGAUACUUCACUGCUUUUCGCCAGAAGUGAAGGUCGAAGAUUUAAGCUGAAAUUUCUAGCCAAAGCUGUUUUAGGGAAGGAGAUUCAGUGUGAACAGAAGCUUGGGCAUGAUCCUACAGAAGAUGCUAGAGCUGCUUUGGAAUUAGCUCAAUUCUUCAUUGAGCAAGGACCAACAAAGGUAGCAGAACUAAACUUGGAGAUGCUUCUGACAGCUGAAAAACUGGCUGAGGUCUCACAGAAGAAAGCUGUGCUGCAGCCACAAGGAUGUGGGUUCCAGGAACAGCUGAAUGAGCCUCCACCAUUAUCCAAGCCAUGUUUUUUAGAUUGUCUGCAGGUGACUGGCCAAAAACCCCUCCUUUUGGGCAGACAGGGAUUAGACUCUUCUGGCCUGUGUCAGAGUAACCUGAGCACUUCCAACAAACAGAUUCUUCAGAGAGCCUUGGAAGAUGUUCCCCUGUCCAAAUUCAGUAUCAUUCAGUUCAGUUUGGGUCCAGAGUACCUUGCAUCUCACCUUCAUGCUGGACUUUAUGAAAAGGUGAGAAGCAAGCUGACUGACAUGCUGACAAUUUACGCAGGUCCUUUUGAAGAAAACUUUUGCAUGAAGUCUGUGAAGAAAGAAUUUGGGAGGUGUGGACCAAUCCAGUCCCUUACAGUGGUAACUGAAACAUUCCAGCCCUAUGUCUGUAUCCAGUAUGAAGUGCUGGAAGCUGCCCAGCUUGCUGUGGAAAGCCUGAAUGGAGCUGAGGUAGCAGGAUCCUGCAUUAAGGUCCAGAGACCAGUCACUGCAGCAAUGCUGGACUGCAAUGUUCUGAUUAAGGAAUUAGAACUGGAUGUAGAAAAUGAAGGUGUGAUUUAUGUGGCUGGUCUAAAGAAGUCAUUAACAGAGACAGACUUGCAAGAAGAAUUCAGCCAGUUGAAAGACCUGGAAGCACUGUUCCUGCCAAAGGAUCUUCAGAGUGGAAAGCACAGGAACUGCUGUUUCCUCAAAUUCCAGAAAACCCAGAGUGCAGUGGAUGCCCUCGAAGCUAUAAAUGGAUGGACCAUGAAGGGUAGUGAGCUAAGAAGCAGGAAUGCCCUUGCUCCAGGUCACCUCUGGAGAUGGAUUUGGCAAAUGCAUCACAGCAAUGGGAAGCAAGGAAAACACAUCUUCUAUGAGAAAAUGGAGCAGCUGUCCAACUGUGAGCAGGAUCUAAGGAAAAAGGUGAAGAAGUUAGACCACCAUAUCAAAAAGCUUUAUAGAAGCCUGCAGAAUAACACCCUGUGCGUUGUUCUCUUUCCUGGAGUGAGCAGCAUGCACGGAUCACAAUCCGGCCUUGGUCUGAUGGGAAUAAAACAUGAUGAAGGGAGGAGUGCUUGUUAAACUGCCAAGUUUUUAAGCAAAGUCUUUUGUUAAGAUAUUUUUAAUUACUUUAAAUAUUGAUGUCUUUGUAAAGAUCCCUUACCAUAAGAACAAUAGGCUUUCACUCUGUAUCUUUUACAUCUAAAAAUAAAAGCCAUUCAAAGUGUCUUAAAGCACAAACCCUUUCCCAUUAACCCUUCUUGCUGUGGGAGGGUCAAUGCCAGGCAGGUGCUGGGGCAAACUGGAGCUGGGCAGGACCCUGUGGAUGUCAUUCCUUGCUGGACACCACGGUCCCAGCUGGGGCCUCUCCCCUGGAACAUCCCAGGCCAUGAACCAGCAGCCAGGCCAGCGCAGAGCCUGCAGCAGCUGCUCAGCAGUUAAAGCCACCCCAGGAAUUGUGUGGAUUUCUGGAACUGUGCGGUGCCAACUCCUGGACUGCAGUCGCUGCCUCCUUUCCGGGAAUGUGCUGUGCUUAGUCCAUGGAAAGGAGGAAUCAGUGAUUCAUGCAUGCUUCUUGGACUAGCU